UCUACCAGCGCGGCUCCCGUUCCCACUGCCACCUGCUCGGCUGGCCCCACGGUCGAGUACACAGUCGUUUCGGGCGACACCUUAACCAAGAUCUCGCAAUACUACAGCUCAGGCAUCUGCGAUAUUGCGUCGCUCAACAGCCUGGCAAACCCCGGCUUCAUCAAUGUCGGCGAUGUCCUCCAGGUGCCCACCUUGGUGUGCAGCCCCGACAACACAUCAUGCCUGGCUGACGACACGGCCGACGCCAUCUGUGUCACCGACGGCGAGGCCACCUACACUGUUGUUGCCGGUGACACUUUCUUCCUCAUUGCGCAGAGCCUGGGUAUUACCACCGACGCCCUGUUGGCUGCCAACGAUGGCGUCGACCCUCUGCUGCUCCAGGUCGACCAGGUCCUCAACGUCCCCGUUUGCUAA